CUUCUUUACAUUGUUACCUCAUGGAGUUUCACAGGUUCUUCAGUCACAAGUACAACAAUCUUCAGACAAUAUGUUGGUUCUUUUCCAAUCUUCGGGGGUGAUUAAUGGCUAUGAUCAUCAGGGAAUUGAACGAAUUCUUUUUGAAACCGUCAGUGAUGACAAUUCGUCGUUGAUUUUGGCUGAUAAGAGAACCCGAAGGAAAGAUCCCAGCAACGAUUUUAAAUACUACACCGGUGGAUGGAAUAUCAGUGAUCAUCAUUACAUUUUUUCUGUAUCAUUUACUGCUGCACCCUUGUUUGCUAUUGCUGCAAUCUGGUUCGUUGGAUGUGGUGUAUCCUUGCUUCUAAUAUGUUGCUGCUACUGCUGCUGCAUGAGACACCCUUAUUAUUCCAAAACCGUAUAUGCAUUUUGUCUUUGUCUUCUCUCCCUCUUCACCAUUUCAGCCAUUGUUGGUUGUGUUGUUUUAUACACGGGCCAAGGGAAGUUCCAUGAGAGCACGAAGGACACAUUGGACUAUGUCGUGAGCCAAUCCAAUGAUACGGUUUCCAGCCUAAAAAAUGUGUCUUCCAUUCUUUCUGCAGCAAAAGACAUUGAAAUAGAUCAAGUUUCAUUACCUUCAAAUGUCAAAACCGACAUUGUUAGAGUUCAUAACAUGAUCAAUGAUGCUGCAACAAAACUUAAAUUCGAGACCAGAAAGAAUGAAAAGGAUAUCAAACAUGUUUUAAAGGAUGUAAGGCUUGCGCUUAUAAUCAUUGCAGCGGUUAUGCUUCUUGUAGCUCUUCUUGGUUUUCUGUUCUCCAUGCUCGGAUUACAGUUUCUUGUUUACAUCUUGGUGAUUCUUGGUUGGAUUCUUGUCACGGCUACAUUGAUAUUAUGUGGCAUAUUUCUUGCACUCCACAAUAUUGUGGGUGACACUUGUGUUGCAAUGAACGAGUGGGUUGAAAACCCGAUGGCUCAUACCGCUUUAGACGAUAUUCUUCCAUGUGUCGAUAAUGCAACCGCUCAAGAAACCAUGUCUCAAAGCAAAGAAGUGGAAUUUCGAUUAGUGGAAAUGGUUAAUUACAUCAUUAACGUCUCGAACAUCAAUCCACCACCAUCAUUUCCUAGAUCACUUAAUUACAAUCAGUCUGGUCCAUUGGUUCCCACCCUAUGUAAUCCGUUAACCGCUAACAAAACAGAUCGAACAUGUCAAGCUGGUGAACUGCAAUUUGACAAUGCCACCAGGGUAUGGAGGAACUAUGUUUGUCAAGUAUCUACAAAUGGUACUUGUACAACCACGGGGCGCUUGACUCCAAAGAUGUAUCAAGAAAUGUCGGUCGCAGUCAAUGUGAGCGAUGGGUUAUCCCAAUACACCCCGUUUCUGACAGGGUUACUAGAUUGUAGCUUUGUUAGAGAGACUUUGAUUGAAAUUCACAAGGACCAUUGUCCAGACUUGAACCGGUUUAGUGAAUGGGUGUACAUUGGUUUAGCCAUGGUGUCAGUUGCAGUCAUGCUUUCAUUGGUGUUGUGGGUGUUGUAUGCAUGUGAGAAGAAACAUCGAAGAUACACUAAACUUAUGAUUGAAUCUGCACCAGGUUCGGUUACAAUAUAUCGACAAUGGAAGUAAAACGAUUUGUUGAAAUUUAUCUACUAAACAUAUAUUGUGAAGCAUCUAUUUAUAGCUUAUAUUUGUUUAUUUUUUUUUC